AUGGCAACAGGAGUGGCUUUGGGAACCAUUACUGCAGUGCCUGUCACGGGUCCUCAGGUGAGCUCCUUGCAGAGGUUGGCCGGGCAAGGAGCAGCAGUGCUACCUCAGGUUAGGCCAAAGACUCUGAUUCCAGACAGCCUCCCCGUCACCCCGGGCCGGGACCGGCCACCCAAGCAGCCCCCAACCUUCCAGAAGGCCACCGUGGUCAGUAUCAAGAACCCCAGCCCAGCCCUCCCCACUGCCAACAACACCGUGAGCCAUGUGCCAACGCCCGGCAGCCAGCCCCGUGCCCUCGCCGAGCCUGCCGCCGUCACCUCUCCUCUGAGCAGUGCCGGGGUGGCCUACGCACUCAUCUCCACCGCCCCCAGCAAUGCCACCGCCAUGGCCCCCAGCACCGCCGUGUCCGUGGUCAGCGACAGCGUCAAAGUCCAGCCCCUCCUCAUCAGUGCCGACAACAAGGUCAUCAUCAUUCAGCCUCAAGUGCAGACGCAGCCCGAGAGCACGGCGGAGUCGCGGCCGCCCACAGAGGAGCCAUCUCAGGGAGCUCAGGCCACCAAAAAGAAGAAGGAAGACCGGCCCCCGAGCCAGGAGAACCCCGAGAAAAUCGCCUUCAUGGUAGCGCUGGGCCUGGUGACGACGGAGCAUCUGGAAGAGAUCCAGAGCAAGCGCCAGGAGCGGAAGAGGAGAAGCACAGCGAACCCCGCCUACAGCGGCCUCCUAGAGACAGAGAGGAAGCGGCUGGCGUCCAACUAUCUCAACACCCCCCUGUUCCUCACAGCAAGAGCCAAUGAGGACCCCUGCUGGAAGAACGAGAUCACCCACGAUGAGCACUGUACUGCCUGCAAGCGAGGGGCCAACCUGCAGCCCUGCGGUACCUGCCCAGGGGCCUACCACCUCAGCUGCCUGGAGCCGCCCCUCAAGACAGCACCCAAGGGUGUGUGGGUGUGCCCCAAGUGCCAGCAGAAGGCCUUAAAGAAAGACGAAGGUGUGCCCUGGACUGGGAUGCUGGCUAUCGUGCACUCCUACGUCACCCACAAGACAGUCAAAGAAGCGGAGAAGCAGAAGCUGCUGCAGAGGGGCGGUGCACUGCAGGGCGAGCGCCGGCGGCUGCAGGAGCGGGGCCGGCGCCUGGCUUCGGCGGUGAAGAAAUGCCUGGAGCUUAAGACGAGCCUGCUGGCCCAGCAGAGGGGCACCCAGUCGUCCCUGGACCGCCUGAGGGCCCUCCUGAGACUGAUACACGGCGAGCAGAUGCUCCAGGUCACCAUGACGACCACCAGCCCCGCCCCGCUGCUGGCCGGGCCCUGGACCAAGCCCUCAGCAGCGGCCAUGCACUCUGCCCUCCAGCACCCCCCGGGGCACAACUGACCCCAAGGGACCCGUCUUCAUACCCACGGAAAGUCACUGGGACCCUGCUCGCAAGACCUGAGGGUUCUGUCAGCCUUAAUUCAUAAACACUAUGAAUUUCAGACAAAAAAUAAAACCAGAGACAGGAAAGAAGGGAGAAGAAGCUGAGUGAGGGUCCUAGAGCCAGGAUGGGUGGGGAUGGAGUCCUGAGCCCUUCAGGUCAGAUGGGACGCCCGGAAGCCAGGUUGGGGCCCAGAGUCAGCUCCCUGCUGUUGGGGGGCUGCCCGGGCCUCCGGCUUCUGGACACAGCUGUCUCCUCGGCCUUGUGCCACCCCCCGCGGGAGAGAGAAGGGCCGAGGUGCCCUGCGGGAGGGGAGCCGAGGACACGACGUAGCCAAGUAGUAGAGCUAGUUAGGGCGAGAGGCGGGUAGCAAAUCUAGGUAGACUCAGCCGCCCGCCCUCACGGGGCGCCGGGCUCACGCCAGGCCUUCCAGAACGCCCGACCCCUGUUGUCAGUGUUAUUAGCGUUCAGAAUCGCAGCUGUUUAACUUGAAGGAAGCUCCCCAGGGGACGCUGCUGUGGCCCAGCCAGGCCUCCGUCUGCCCCCUGGUCUUGGGGGCGCCCUCGCCGUGCGCCUCCCUCCUCUGCUGACUUUUUGGACUCAUCUUGCCCUCGAUGUCUUUUUCUCAUGGAGUUUCUGGGCGAGGGAUGGAGCUGCAGCCACGCCAGGGAGGCGUUUGGCAGGUUUUCUAUUUUGGGUUGAAUCGUUCAACUUAACGACUGAAGCCUUUUCUUUCCUCCUUUUGAAGAGCCGAUAAAGUAUUCCAUUCCUCUUUUCUUGCCAGUACAGACACUAUGCCAAAAAAUAACUUUACCUUUUUGUAUGGCGUUUUUAUUGUGAGAUAUUUAAUGUGAAGGGGACACUUGGUGACUUUUCCUGCUCUCAGUGGUCUCUGCUGCCCGGGAUGAACGGAAAACCCCUCGGGCGGGGGAGCUGCCAAGCUGGAGGGACCCCGAGGGUUUUUUAAGAAGUGGGGGGAGGGGAGGAAGAGAGGGCGGUGGCCUCGGGAGACUGAAGGGUCCCUCUUGCUGUCUCCGCGAGAGCGAAGGGUGCCCGCCGCCCUGCAUCCGGGAUGGGCCAUGCGGGCUUGUCACGCCCACUGGCUUCUCCAGUCCCGAGGGACUUAGCACAACGGGAUGAGCAUCCGGGAGCCACAGGACUCCCACCCCCAGCACAUCACACGGUGCCGAACUGCAUGGAACACACGUGUGCGUGAGCACACGUGGCCCCAGACACGCAUGCACGCACGCUGCCAGGUGCAGAGCAAGGGGGCUGGCCGGAACCCCGCAGACUGCCAUGGUCCCUCCUGUCAAUUUCACGACUCCGGGAGAAACUGUGCUGUACGAUACAGAUCUAUUUUAAUACACUUAACACUGGGUUGAACAAGAUUUUUAUAUUCUUUUAUUGAUGAACAAAGUGAACUGUAAGACACACGUCUUAUAUAUUGGUUACUCUAGGCGCCAAUCCAGUAUUAUGCGUUACUGCGUGGCUUGCGAUGUCAGUGUCUUCACGUUCCUUUUUUUGUUGGUUUGUUUUUCUUCUUGGAUGGAUUGAAUUAAAUUUUUUUAAAAAUGUAACGGGAAGAUAUGAAAGGUUGGACCCGGGAGGGGUAGCUGCCAAUGUGUCUUGAGACUUAGUUUUUUGGACCAAGGAGGACCGUCCGAUGGAUAGUGGGACUAGAGAAAAAGUGUUUGUC